UUGCAUGUUCAAAGGUACAGUUUCCCUUCUCUAACUGGUAGUGUGUAGGUGUUCUAUGAUGACAGCGCCAAAUUCCUCUCUAGGUGUUUCUGUAUGAAACGUUGUACUAGCACUGUAGAACACAAUGCAAUUAAAUUCUUUCAGUGGUGAAAAAGAGCGCUGAUUUCACUCCGCAUUCUAGUUUUUAAGUACUACAUACACGGAAUCAUAAAUACAUUGACUGACCGUCGUUUCUUGAAGCAUGUGCACUUGACAUCGGUGAUCAGCUGUGAGUCCUUGCUUUCCUGGUGUGCUUUCAUGCAUUCUUUAGUAGUUUCAGGAUAAAAGAUUGCUACAUCAUGGAAAGUCUCCCACAACAUUUGCACUUCAAGGAGCUGUGGGGUGGAACCGAUGUUGAUAUCGAACCUGAACAGUGUUCUAAUCUCUUUGAUUCGCCAUUUCCAUUUGGCAUUCCACCAGUGAUACCUGAUGCUGAGGAUCAUGCUAACGAAAUCUUGGAUGAUAUUUGGGAAGGCUCUAACACACAUUGCUUACAUAAUUCGCAAAGGUGCUUUUUGCCUCCUCCUAACAUAAACUCCUUACUUUCAUGCGAUGUUUCAAUGGUUCCGUCAGAGCUCAAGGUCCUAAGAAACCUGACUUCAGGAACACACGAAGGAUAUGAAGAGGUGUUUACAGAAGAAGAUGAACUAGAAGAUAACAAACAAGUGAUAGACCUUACCAAAGACUUGCUGACAGUUCCACCUGGAUUUGAAGAAGGUGUGACUUUUGACAGUGAGCAACGUUCAAGUGAGGACAAGCUCUCAGUGCGUCAUGUGCUCAAUUUAGCUGACGUGCUAUCUUCUGGAGAGCCGGAGGUCUUGGAGGAACCCAGCUUAGAAGUCAAGCAAAUAAGUGAUAGCCUGCUGAAUCAGACUCUGGAUGAUGCUGGACUGUUGGAGCACCUUCAGUCGGAGCCUUCGGCCAAUGUUCUGAAGAUCAGCAAUGUUACGAAUAACCGCAGUGUGUGUCUUGAGUGGGCUGAACAAGUGGAUAUUUCCAAGCCCAUGUUGGACUUCCAUGAAAAAGUUCCCGAUCCUGCCUUUAGUUGGCCCUUUGAACUGGACACCUUUCAGAAGAAGGCCAUUGUUCACUUAGAAAACAAAGAUUCUGUGUUUGUGGCAGCUCACACUUCUGCAGGAAAGACGGUAGUUGCAGAAUACGCCAUAGCACUCUCUCGACGUCACAUGACAAGGACAAUUUACACAUCUCCUAUCAAGGCUUUGUCCAAUGAAAAGUACCGUGACUUCAAAGAAACCUUUACAGACAUUGGGCUUAUCACAGGUGAUGUCCAGAUCAACAAGGAGGCAUCUUGUCUUAUCAUGACAACAGAGAUUCUCAGAUCCAUGCUUUACAACCAAUCGAAUGUAGUGGCUGACCUUGAAUGGGUUAUAUUUGAUGAAUGCCACUACAUUAAUGACCCUGAUCGGGGUGUUGUUUGGGAAGAAGUCCUCAUUAUGCUGCCAAGUCAUGUGGGGCUUGUCUUGCUCAGUGCCACGGUACCAAAUGCACUAAGCCUCGCCAAUUGGAUUGGGCGUAUUAAAGAGCACAAGCUGUACGUUAUUUGUACCACCCAGCGUCCUGUACCUUUGGAGCAUCAUCUGUAUUUCAAUCAGGAAACAUUUCUUAUCCUGGAUGCCACCAAUAAGUUUCAGACUGCCAGCUACAUGAAGGCCUGUGCAAGACGGAAAGAAACUAUGAAGGGAACUCGAACAUAUGAUGACAAGACCCGCUAUCAAGGUUUGAUACAGCACCUACGCAAGGCAGACCGGCUGCCAGCAAUCUGCUUCACCCUGUCACGUCGACGUUGUGAUGAAAAUGCCCAGUUGUUGCAAUCACUUGACUUGACCACAGCUGAGGAGAAGGGGGCAGUGCGGUGCUUCCUUCAGAAUAGCGUGAUAUCCCGUUUGAGCCGUGCCGACCAGCGGUUACCACAGCUACGCUCACUGCGAGGUCUCCUGGAAGCUGGCUUUGGUGUUCAUCACAGUGGUGUGCUGCCCAUUCUCAAGGAGGCUGUCGAGAUGCUCUUUCAGCGUGGCCUUGUGAAGGUGCUGUUUGCCACGGAGACAUUUGCUAUGGGUGUCAACAUGCCAGCUCGUACAGUUGUUUUUGACAGCAUCCGUAAACAUGAUGGCAUUAGUAAUCGGGACCUGCUGCCUGCUGAGUACAUCCAAAUGGCAGGAAGGGCUGGUCGUCGUGGCAAGGAUGCAACAGGCACAGUAUUAAUACUUUGCAAAGGAGAUGUUCCAGAGUCAUCACAGUUACAAGCAAUGAUGCUUGGUCGACCAACAGAACUGCAGUCGCGUUUCCGUGUUACAUACUCCAUGAUCCUUAACCUGAAAGCUCAGGCCAACAAGCGUGUUGAAGACAUGAUGAGGGACUCCUUCCGUGAGAACUCCAGCCAGAGUCAGAGCCUCAGCUUAGCUGAGCGUUGUGCAUCCCUGGAGAACGAGUUGAGCUCACUGGCACCUAUUGUGUGCACGACAUGUCAAGAGCUGCCAUUUGAGCUUUUGGAAGAAGAAGCUGCUGCACGAGUCACUGCCUGGGAACACAUACUUUCACAACCUCAGGCUGCACGGUGUCUGUCGCCAGGACAUUUGCUGCUCGUGCACUCCCCAGAGGGAUGUAACCUUCUUGGUGCUCUGGCCUCCUUGGCUCCCCGGGAGAAGAGACUCACUCUAUGGGCAUUGGCUGAUUCACAGCCCCGGUCAAGUGGCAAGGCCUCACUUCCCUGGCCACUCUCCAAGAAAGUUGCUGUCCCGGAUGCAGCUCUGAGUGUACAGGAGAUGACAGUCAUGUUCUGUAGCGUCCUCUGCAUUUAUGCCAAAAGCAUCAAGGUUGACCCCAAGCGCAUGUCGCUGCCUCGAUGCAGAAACGUUUUGGGACAGGAGCUACUUGAAUUAGUGGAGGCUCAUCCUGGAGGUCUGCCAGUCAUCAAUGUGGUUAAAGAGCUUCGUCUUUCAGCUAUGGAAACCGUGGAAUUGGUGAAUCAAAGCCAGCAGCUGGAAAAAAAGCUGCUUCAGAGCCAGUGCCUUAGUUGCCCAUUAUUUGAGAGUCAUUUUGAACAGGAACAGAAGCGGCGGCGACUGUCGGAAGAGCUGCGGAAGCUGCAGCACCAGCUCUCAGAGGAAAGCCUUGCCUCCAUGCCUGACUACCGAAGCCAUGUUUUGGCUCUGGAGAAACUGGGAUACGUAGAGCCAAGUGGUACGCUGACACUCAAGGGCCGUGUGGCACGCUCUCUGUCCAGCCAUGAAGUAAUGCUCACAGAGCUACUACUUCAGGAGUCGCUGCUCACCCUUGGUGCAGCUGAAGUGGCUGGUCUGUUCUCCUGUUUCGUCUAUGAGCAUCGCUGCAAGGACGAGGUCGUCAUUCCACUCUCCAUGAAGGCAGCAGUGGAAAAAUUCGUGGAGGUGGCUUGCAAGAUUGGUCAUGUGCAGCGAGAAAGCGGCUUUGAUGAACCUGCUCAACAAUUUGUAGAGCAGUUCAGCUUUGGUCUCUGCAACGUAGUGUACCACUGGGCUAGAGGCAUGCACUUUGCGCACAUCAUGGAGCUCACAGAAGUUCAGGAAGGCAUAAUAGUCAGAUGCAUUCAGCGCUUGGAUGAGCUUCUCAAAGAUGUCAAGACAGCUGCAGGAAUUGUUGGAAAUCCUGAACUUCGCACCAAGAUGGAAGAAGCUUCUCGCCUGAUCCGACGAGACAUUGUUUUUGCAGCCAGCCUCUACUUGCAGUAAGGUUUCCUUUGUGCACAUGACAGCAAAGUGGCCCAUCUUUUAUGCUACUUUAUGAAGUAGUGGAGACGGCCUGAUGGUCAUGAGGCAUCUUCCAUGUGAGGACCUGCCAGUAUGUAGCUGUUAUGUGUCUACAUUCAGAGCAUCACUGAAUGAAAUGAAAUAAUUUUCACUAGUGUGGGAUAUACAAGCCCUUUUAUAUUUAUUGGGUAUUUAUAUAAGUGGACUUGGCACUACAGUGGCUUUUUUAAAAAAUUAUACUUUUCUUCGGCAGCUUUGGCUAUUUGGAUUCACACAGGGCACAUUUUUUGUACCAACCUUGACAUACUUUAGUUUUCUAAGCUCCAUAGCAUUGUUGCUUGGUGUAUUAGAUAUAGAUAACUGCCUUUUAGAGCCAAAUAUUUGACUCUUGCAUAACUGUACUUUGCACUGCAGUGAAUUUUUCAUUUUACUUUUUUCUCUUUAACUGUAUUAUUUUCCCAUGUUAAUUGCACAUUUGCUGCCUUGAUGACAUUUAGUUCUACUAAGCUGCAUAGUACCGUAGUAUUGCUGUUUAGGUUAGUUCUUUUUAGUUAUUUUCUUCAAGCAAUUUUGCUUCGAGGUACUGUGUCGGUCAUUUACUUGAUGGUGUAAUGCUCGUAGGAAUGUAGCUUCUUGCUCAAAUCCACAGAGCACUGACAGUUUUUUUCCACUACCUUAAAUUUAUACAUCCCCGCAGCCUAUUGUUUUUAUACAGUAUCACUAAACUGUGAUACUGCAAAACUGUAGUGCCUUCAGUUUAUUUGCUUAGCUACGUCAGCUGUUCAGACUUCUGGUUAGUGUCUCAAAUUAAAAAAAAAUGAAAGAAUCUAUAGUAUUUAUGCCAAUAAAUCUUUCCACGAUCACCAAGGUGUCUCUGAGCCAGACACUGUGAUUGAUUGAAAGUGGAGAAGGUGCUCUGUGGAAAAUUAAGGAACUAAAUUUGACAUGUGCCAAAAGCACGUUGUGCUGUACUUGCAAUGUCUUCCUGUUUAAUGCUCAGAUGUGGGCAUAAGCAUUCUAUGGUGUAUGUAUUAACCUGUUCUGUGAUGGUGUACUGCUUCUGUAAGGAAUUCAUUGUGAGAUCAAUAUAAUUCAGGAGCUCACCAUUGUAGCAUAUAAGGACCUUAUGCAAAUGUCCAAGUACUAUACUACAGGUAAAAAUUUUCUCUUUGUGCAAGCUUAAAAUGCACGCAGCCUUUCUCCUAACGCUCUGACUAUUUCUGUUUUGUAGCAAUGUCUAAAGGAUUUAUUUAUUCUUUAUGUUACUGUUUGUGUCAGAAAACUAAGUGCUCAAGCAACACAUACUAGUGAAUGUCUCUAUGUACACCUAGUAUUUCAUAUCAGCCUACCAUAUUUACUCGCAUGAUUUGCGCACCUUGAUUGUUCAACUAGGUUUACUUAAAAAAGAAAAUGAUUGCGUAGUUUGCAUUCUCCGACCCGCCUGAGCUAGCCCGCAAAUGUGGGCUUGAAGAGACUAUGGAAGGACGCACUGCACGUGUGCCUUGCUCAGAAGGGAGGUGCAGUCACAAAUAAAACUGGCUGCAAGUGCGAAGUCCCUUUUUUUGAGGGCUUCACCUAAACUACAGUCCUUAGAAUUGGCCCUGAGAAUGAACAUAGUCGCUGCCUGGUGGCCACUGGCUGAAGUGCGCCUAGUGUGGCAUGGCCUCCGAGAUCGCGCGCCGGCGGGUUUCUCUCAGGCUGUCCCAAUUGCUGUACUCCCCAGUAAAAUAUUUGCAUGCCUUGCAUGACUGGCUUCCACGAAAGGGCAUGCUGAAGGAGGAUACUGGCGGCAGUAGAGAAUGCAGCAGAAAGCAGAGCGCAUGGUAUACUGGCAUGCACAAUGGUUCAUUCGAUGUUCGUUUUAAUACCUGCGGUCUAUACCAAACUGCGUAAAAAAAAAUGAAAAUGGGUGACCAUAAAUGAAUAAAAUGCUGUAACCUGUGCGUAGCUGAUGCAGUACCGGCAAUGUUCAGUCUAGACCACGGUGGCCUAGACAUAAGGCAACUGUCUCCACCCUCCUUCUUGUCUCUUGCUUCUGCGGUGCGACAGGAGGUAGUAGUUAGGAAAAUACUGUGAAAGCCUUGCAGGCAAGUGCGAAGCAUUGUGUGCUGUGAGCUCAGAUCUCGUGCCAGACCCAGUGGCAUCGGCAACAUUGCAAGAAGACAGCAUGCCGAGUGCUGAUUCCAAGUGUCAAGUUUGGUCAGCUAAGUUAGCGUUCCUCUCCAGCAUGUGCUCGACCUUAUUUUUAUUUAACUCCGUUAUGUUGAGGUGUUGUUGCGGUUACCUUGCGUGGAUGCUUCACUGGCAUUGUAGGAAAUGGAGAGGAAAUUUCGGCUUCGCCGUUGUGCACACACUGUGCUACCUGCUGAUCUGUUCCUAUGCUGUUUGUCUCACUAUUUUCACUGGUGUGGCAUCUGGGAAUACACAGCAGAGCUUCAAAAAUUUCGGUUUCAUAUCGCUGGUUUUCUUGAAUGUUGAUGUGACCAGGGCUGCCAGAAGUUCUUCAGAAUUUUACUUAGGUUAGGCACAAUUUAGUCGCUGUUUUUUUUUCAAGCUGAAUGACCUCGAUUGAUGAAAAGAGUUUAUUGGAGUCGCAUAUUCAUGGUGCGUGCAAUGCAAUCCUGACAAGCUAGUCUAACAACGUUUGGUUCCUCCGCGUUUUUGCACUCUAGGAUACGGGCAAAGUAUUAUACUUACUCGGUGGUGCCCAGUAAGUGAACCCGGCACCUCUGAGCGCACAAAAGUGCGGCCUUUUAAAGUGCGUUAGUCACAUGCAUAUUUGCAUAUGCCGCUUUCCAAUAACUAGUUCUCUUUUGAUUGUGGGAUUGGCGAUGAUCAGUCGUUUUUGAUAUAGUGAUCUGUUGUUUUAUCAAGGUGACUUCUCAUGUCACGUUUUCACAGAGAACUCGGUGGGGAUGAGAAAAACACCUUUACUUUACUUAGGCUCUGCUACAACUGAUUCGUCUUCAGCGGUAGGGCGAGUUCGAGACCUGAGUGUCAUUGUGCCCAGCCUAAUAAUGGUUCUCUGUUUUGUUUCCUUCGCCAGUGCCCCCAUACUACCCCUACUAUACAGUUCACAAACUUUGAGGUACAGUGCAUUUCUAGCUCAUGCGGAUCUUUGACACUUUUAAGAGCUUUGAUAUAGGAGACUCAUAUCUACAACAGUAAAACAAACAAACAAACAAACAAAAAACGCAUUUGAGCACAAAUAGGCCCCAGCAUGCACUUUGCCUCCCCCUCUCAUACACCUUGACCUGACAUUUCCAAAUCAGUGUGAGGUCAUGUAAAGACGAAAAAUCAUUUUUUGCUCGCCUCAUGCAAGCUGCGUCAACACUGCGGCAGUCUUUCGGACCUUAAACAGUGAGUGCCGCCGUGCAGAGGAAAAGCGGGCCAUGCCCACCUCUGAAAUGAUGCUCAUUCUGUGUGGUUAGAAUGGCUACCUCUGAAAUGAUGCAAAUUCUGUGCAAUGGAGACAGCCGAAGAGAAAUCCGCCGGCGUGCCAUCUCGGAGCCACGAGUUUGGAUUGCUCCCUGCGUCAUAUGCUAGCCAUGUGAGGCUUGCAUAUGAGCAUACUUCAUGCUUGUCCUCAAGGGUCACAUUGUCCCGCUUUGUUACUGCAAGUUUAACUGCUUGAACAUUUGCCUAGCACGAUCUACAGACACAUAUUGCCUUGCUAGGCUGUAUAUGCACUGCAAUAAGAUCAGUUCGUGCACAUGCUGAGAGUGCAGUGUGUUGUCAUCGUACUUUCCAUUAGCCAGGAUCAUGUCAAUGUAGGUGCCGCUUCUUAGUUGAAUUACAUUGUUAAGUGCACUUGGCACUGUCCUAAACAAAAGGAGCAUUAAAUGUUGUGUGAAUGCGGUGUUUUAGCAACUCAGUUAUAAAUGAUGUUUUGCAUUAUUGUGAGGUGUUCAACUGUGGCGCUGUUGCUGAUCGGUUAUGCAACAAUCUUUAAUUGUGCUUGAGAUAACUUUUUAUUGUACAGUGGUGGCCCCACUACAGCGAAAUAUUUUUGUCUAGUAAAUUCUGACACUUCAGUACUUAAAUCGCCCCUUAAAAAGAACAGAAAAUAGAAUGACAUGGAGGGGAUUAAUUUUCUGUUGCCGUGCACAAUUUUAUUGAUAGGUGAAAUUUACACAAACACACUCGUGUGCUUAGAUUUGGGUUCGUAUUAAAAAAUCCAGAUGGUCAAAACUUAUGUCGUAUAUUUUCAUGCAAAACGUCUUUUUUUAAUAUUAUCUUGAGCACUUUUGUGGCAUUGUUAUUAUAGACUGAUGAAAAGAGCAGACAUUAUCUGCUUGAAAAAAAAAAAAAAAAAACCUGUUGUCCCAUCAAUAAAUGAACCUUUUUUGCAACACUGUCAUGCAGAUUAUCAAUCGAAGAAAGCUGCAUGCUUAACUGUUAUCUUUUUAUGCUGCUAUUUGAGUAAGAACAAGAGCGUUUAAGCACUGUCAGCCACGUAACCUUCCUGAAUAAACUUAUCAGCUGUCCUACGUUCAUUUCAUGAAGAACUGAAUAGAAAAAUUGCGAAUGCAUAUUUCCGGUUGUUUUAGCUCAUCACCCAAAAAGUAUGGGAUUUCUUUGCUUAUAUUUUUUUAGUAUCAGAGACCAGCAUGCGUGAUGCAAAGAAUGAAUUCAGUCGCAAUAGAGCAAUGCAUAGUAGGCAGGACACAUGCUCAACACUUACAAAUAAAAAUACAAGAAGCAUGACACAACUCGAAAAUGCUGACACUUGGCAAGCGUGAACAUCCUUUUCAAUGGCAGAUGGCGUUUCUCUCUAGAAUAAUAGUAAUGUUCAGCGAGCUUCACACAUCCAUUUGGCAACGAACAACACACAUAAUAUGAAUAGGGUGCAGUCAAUGAACCUUAUUCGCCUAGAGUGGGCUCACACCAUUUAGCAAAAAAG